GGCCCUGCGCCGCUCCCCUUCUCCCUUCUCCUUCGCUCCGUCCGCAGCGGCGCGGGGAGCCCAGGCGCCGGCCGGAGGCGGGGGUGGCGCCGGGGGCCUCCGGAGCGGGGCAGAGCGUGUCUGCCCGGGGGGGCGAAGGAAGGAGAAAAGGCACCGGAGAGAGGGCGGGGUGGCCAAGGGGGCUCGGGGAGGGGAGCGAGGGUUUCGUUCCUUCCUUCCUCGCCGAUCCUUUCCCCGUUCCCUCCAUCCUCGCCCUCUUUGUUUCCCUGUGCCCGGGCCAGCGGAAAGGGGAGGAAGGAGCUGCGGGAAGGAGUGUGGAGGCGGGCCCUGGGCGGCUGAGCUGUCUGUGCUGGCUCUUGGCUGCAGGGGCUCCCUCGCCCCCUCUGACCGCCUGCCAGGCGGCUGGUGCCAGGGCGGGGCUGGAGGACGAUGUAAAGAUGCCCCGGGGGCUGGCACUCUGGGUGCUCCUCUUGCCCUGGCUCUGUGCCCCCGGGGCACAGCCUGCAGCGCCCGAUCGGGCGGCCGUAGCGCGGGAGCGCUUCAAGGUGGUCUUCGCCCCGCUGGUCUGCAAGCGGACCUGCCUCAAGGGCCAGUGCCGGGACACCUGCAAGCAGGGCAGCAACAUGACCCUGAUCGGCGAGAACGGGCACUCGGCUGACACCCUGACCGGCUCGGGCUUCCGCGUGGUGGUGUGCCCGCUGCCUUGUAUGAAUGGUGGGCAGUGCACAUCCCGUAACCACUGCCUCUGCCCCCCUGAGUUUACGGGGCGCUUCUGUCAGGUGCCUGCGAGCCGCCAGGCCCAGGCCCAGGGGGGGCAGCAGCUGCUGCAGUCGGCAGCGCUGGGGCCCCUCGAGGGCCCGGCCGGUGAGACGGGCUCCAGCAAACACGCCAUCUACGCCGUGCAGGUGAUCUCCGACGCGCAUGGUGCUGGGGAGCCACCCGCAGGCCACAGCCCCAAAGCCACCGUCAGCCACUCCACCUUCAUGGUGCCCCUGGGGCCUGGGCACCACUCAUCUGAAGGUCCACCCCCCUCUGCUGAAUGUGCGCGUCCACCACCCGCCCGAUGCCUCCGUGCAGGUCCACCGCAUCGACAGCAUCAGCACCGAGGGCACCGGGCCGGGCGCCCAGCACCACCUCAUCCAGCACCCGGCCCAGAGCUCCAUGGGCCAGAAACCCCCCACACCCCAUGCCCGGCCCCACACGCACAAACCCCUGGGACGCUGCUUCCAGGAGACCCUGCCCAAGCAAUCUGGGGCACCGUUUCUCAGUGUGGGAGCAACCCCCUGCCAGGCCUGACCAAGCAGGAGGAUUGCUGCGGGAGCAUCGGCACCUCUUGGGGGCAGAACAAGUGCCACAAAUGCCCCCACCUGCAGUACUCGGGGGUGCAGAAGACAGGCCCGAUCCGAGGGGAGCACGGGGGUGAUUGCCCACAGGGAUACAAGAGACUGAACAGCACCCACUGCCAGGACAUUAACGAGUGUGCCAUGCAGGGCGUGUGCCAGAAUGGCGAGUGUCUCAACACCCAGGGCAGCUUUCGCUGCGCAUGCAAACCUGGCCACAUGCUGGGCCCAUCCCGCAGCCAGUGUGUCCCAGAGAAGUCGGGGGAGAAGAGCCUGUGUUUCCGGCUGGUGAGCCCGGAGCUCCAGUGUCAGCACCCACUGCCCACUAAGCUGACCCGCCAGAUGUGCUGCUGCAGCGUUGGCAAGGCCUGGGGGGCCCGCUGCGAGCGCUGCCCGGCUGAUGGCGCAGCUGCCUUCAAGGAGAUUUGCCCAGCAGGGAAGGGCUACCACAUCCUGACAUCCCACCAGACCCUGACCAUCCAGGGGGAGAGCGACUUCACCCUGCACAUCCACCCCGACGGCACCACGGACCUGCAGCAACAGCACGAGCUGCCCAGCCUGCCGCCCCUCGAGGGGGACUCUCAGGAGUCCGAAGCUGUCACCACGGCCAUGCUGCCGGCAUAUCGGACCAACUCAGAGGAGCAGUCAGUGGACCAGUUCUAUGCCAGUGCAGCCACCCUGGGCGCCCGCUACCCUGAGGUGGUGGCCCGUCCCACAACUGCCAUGGUGCAGAAGGUGCUGCCGGAUCAAUACACGCGUAGCGCCGUGGAGAUCGCACCCACGCAGGUGACAGAGACGGAUGAGUGCAAGCUGAACCGCAAUAUCUGUGGCCAUGGAGAGUGUGUCAUGAAUUUGUCCGGCUACACCUGCAUCUGCUACCCGGGCUACCGCUGGCAUGCCCAGCGCAGGUUCUGCACAGACGUGAAUGAGUGUGAGGCGGAGCCGUGUGGCAUCGGCAAGGGCGUCUGCAUGAACACGGGCGGCUCCUACAACUGCCACUGCAACCGGGGGUACCAGCUGAAGGUGCACAAGGGCGUGCGCUCCUGCGUGGACAUCGAUGAAUGCUCCAAGCCCCACAUCUGUGGGGAUGGGGGAGCCUGUGUCAACUACCCUGGGCACUACAAGUGUGAAUGCCACCCCGGCUACCGUCUCAAGCCUUCCCGCCAGCCCCUCUGCGAAGACAUUGAUGAGUGCCUGGACACCGGCACCUGCCCUGACGGGAAGUGUGAGAACCGGCCAGGCACCUACAAAUGCAGCCCCUGCCCUCCGGGCUUCCGGGGCCAGCAUGGGAUUUGCUAUGAUGUGGAUGAGUGCUCCGAGGAGACCCCGUGCAAACACGGCUGGUGUGAGAACCUGCCCGGCUCCUUCCGCUGCACCUGUGGGGAGGGAUUUGCGCCCGCGCCCAAUGCCCGGAGCUGCUUGGAUGUGAAUGAGUGUGAGGAUGGGGGGCUUUGCCCCAAUGGGGUCUGUGUCAACACCCUGGGCUCCUUUAAGUGCCAGUGCCCAGCCGGCUUCCACUCAGUGAAGGACAGGCCACGCUGUGAAGACAUUAACGAAUGUGACUUCCCGGCCGCCUGCAUCGAUGGCGAGUGUGUCAAUUCCGUGGGCUCCUACCGCUGCCUGUGCCGCGCCGGGUACAAGCUGGUGAACGGCAGGAAGUGCCAAGAUAUCGACGAGUGUGCACUGGACCCCAGCUUGUGCCUGCCCCACGGGACAUGUGAGAACGUGGACGGCUCGUACAUGUGCGUGUGCGAUGAGGGAUACACCCUAUCUGAGGAUCAACAUAGCUGUGAGGAUCUGCAGCCCCCCGAUCACAAGAAGGAAUGCUACCUGAACUUCGAUGACACCGUCUUCUGUGACAGCGUCCUGGCCACCAACAUCACCCGCCAGGAGUGCUGCUGCUCACUGGGGGCUGGCUGGGGUGACCACUGUGAGAUCUACCCCUGUCCCGUGCCCAACUCAGCUGAGUUCCACUUCCUCUGCCCUGACGGGAAAGGAUUCAUCCUGGAUGACAACAUCCUGAACUAUGGCAUCCCCGCCCACCGGGACAUUGACGAGUGCAGCCUGUUCAGGGAGGAGAUCUGCAAGGAGGGGAAGUGCAUCAACACGCAGCCGGGCUAUGAGUGCUACUGCAAGCAAGGCUUCUACUACGAUGGCAACCUGCUCGAGUGUGUGGAUGUGGAUGAGUGCCUGGAUGAGUCGAACUGCGUGAACGGGCUGUGUGAGAACACGCGGGGGGCCUAUGUCUGCACCUGCCCUGCCCCUGCCAUCUAUGACUCCACCCACAAGAAGUGCCUGGCACCCAGCGAGAUCGAUGUGGAUGAGUGCCGGGACCCUGGAGCCUGCCGGCAUGGGCGUUGCAUCAACACGCUGGGCUCCUUCUACUGUGAGUGCAGCCUGCCCUGGAUGCUGGAUCCCAGUGGCAAGGAAUGCCAGCUCCCCGACAUGCAGGCAGACCGGGCGGCCGAUCGGCGCGACAUCUGCUGGCAGCACCGGGGGGAGGACAGCAUGUGUGCCUCCCCGCUCAACGGCUACCACCUGACCUAUGAGGAGUGCUGCUGCCGCUACGGCAAAGGCUGGGGCUUCCAGUGCCGUGCAUGCCCCCCCCGCAGCCCAGGGCAGCAGUGUCAGCCAUCUCAGAGCGAGAGCAACUCCUUCUGGGACCUCAGUCCCUUGUUCCUGGGCAAGUCCCGCAAAGAGGAUGAUACCUCAGAGGAGGAUUCAGAUGAAUGUCACUGCCUGAACGGCCGCUGCGUCCGGACCUACCAUGGUGCAGUUUGCGAGUGCCCUGCAGGCUUCCAGCUAGACGCCACCCGCAUCCGCUGCCUGGACAUCGACGAGUGCCGGGAGCUGAACCAGCGAGGCCUGCUGUGCAAGAACGAGCGCUGCAUCAAUACCAAUGGCUCGUACCGCUGUGCCUGCAAGCCAGGCUUUGUCCGAUCCCGCCACCAUGGGGGCAUGUGCAUCCCCCAGCGUCGCCGAUAGCUCCCUGUCACCCACCAGGGGCGCUGCCAGCUGACACAAGAGAGAGACUCUGUCGCUAAGGGUUCACAUCCUGUUGGGGGGGGAACGUAAUAUUUUUUAAUUGCUAAAAAUGGGGCAUUUUAUUGGGUUUUCCUCCCUCUGCAAGAUUUGUUUAUUAGCAUUAUUUUAGGGCUGCAUUAUUUGCACUCAUUUCUGUAGGAACCAGGUAUGCAAAAGCCAACAACCUUGUAAAUAAUGAGAAGGAAGCUAAUGAAUUAAUUAAAUUGCAGGAGUGGAUUCUCGG